ACUACCUUCCAAUCAAGGACCUUAGGAUUGGUUUCCUAUAUAACGCACACUAUUGCUCAGCUGACGCAGCCUAUAAUGUCCAUUCCUGUAGUUGAUGUAUCGACAGAGUCAAUCGAGGAGAAUUCUGCUGUUCUACAGCAGAUUCACAAUGCCUUCACUGCAGUGGGAUUCCUCUUCGUCCGUGGGCACGGCAUUCCCAGAGAAAUGAUUGAUAGAGUAUUGGAAGAGGCGAAGCAAUUCUUUUCUCUGCCCCAAGACCUCAAGUCUAAGUACCGUCGCACUGCCAACUCUAACAACAAUGGCUAUGUUGCUCUGCUUGAGGAAAACAUUGAUCCAUCCAAACCAGCGGACUUGAAAGAAUGCUUCAAUAUCACAUCUCUGAAAGAGUGUAGCUAUCCAGACACUGAGGUGCCUUCAUUGCGGUCAGUUGCUCAGGAGUUCUUUCCAGAAUGCUGCAAGCUGGCUCUCUUGCUCCUACGACUAAUGGGACAUGCCCUCAAACUCAAUGUGAGACAUCCAGCCAUAAGUCUGGGUUAAACUGUCUACUCUGAGUAAAUAGUCUCAGGAGGGUGGGUUGAUGGCCAUCAAAUACACAAAAUGAAUAUCUGAUUGUGCAACUGAAGGGCUACGUAAGUAUUGCCUGGCUUACUUGGCGCUAUUAUAGUGUCCAGCACCAGGAGGCACUGCAACAGAUGGUGCCACGGAAAUAGCUACUCAUUGGAACAAAGUAUCAACCU